GAUCUCUCUGUGUGACAUUCACUUUCUCUAGCCGCCUGGUCUACAUGAUGGCAUCCACAUCCACCGAAGGGAUAAUCGAUAGGAGCAAAAUUCCAGACUACCCCGAGGAUUUGACUGUACAGGGUGCUGCAGUCCUGAUCGAUCACCCCUUGCACACACCUGCUGCGAGCUCACAACUCAAGGUUCAUCCCCAGAAUCUGAGGCAAAAACAGCACAACAUCUACAGUUCUAUCAAUGUGGUUCGAGGAGCAUGGGAAUGGGGCUUCGAGUUGAACCCCAACGAUUGCCUGAGGAUCGAUCUCGACCAAAUCUGGUCCGGCCACCGAGGGAACAAGAACGACAACAACAGCUUCAAUCUCUACAACCGGUUUGGAGAAAUCGCCUUUCAUAUCUCAUUUCGUCGACAUGACCAGACGAUUCGAUUUAACGCCUACAGCAGGGGGCGAGGUUGGGGCGAUGAGUCGUGGCUACCCUUCCCCAAGUGGAUCUCCGAUGAGAGGCCUUUCAAAAUGUUCAUUACGUAUCAGUCCCAGGGCAGCUACAUUGUUAACUGCGACUUUUGCGUGCAAGUUGACGUGGACCCAUGCGAACCCCCGAAUUCACUGACCUAUCGUUCAUCGAAUGACAAUGACGCCAUGUUUGGGCAGAAUGUGAAUACUGAGCUGCAGUACUAUCAGGAUGAAUGAAGGAGGCGCGAGU